CAAGGUUGAAAUUUGGGAACAGAAGCGGGUCAUUUGCCCAAAACUCUUACAACCCGGUAGAUUUUCAGUCCAUUGAUUCACACACAUCCGUCAAGCGGCAGCGUCACUGAACCCAAAACAACCGUUCGCAGCUGAUUUUUCUCUUCUCUUCACUCGAAGGCCAUGAGCCGUCGAUUCUUCGGCUGCAAGUAAAAAAUGCCGGCUGCUGAUUCGUAUCAGCUGUUCAUCGUAGACUCAUCAGCACCAAUUUUCAAUGGCCACAUCAAGGUGCAGAAUUUUGGUGAAGGGCGGCGUUAAAAGGGUUGCUCAUUCCUUUCUUGCCAGCCCAAGGGCCAGCUACUCAGAGGUUUGGACGUCUUGCCCUGCCAGACUUUCUUACAUCUUUUCCAGAUUUCAUUCACAAUGUAGAGUUUGUCAUAGAGGAUUUACCUCCAGUAUUUUAUAUGAGGCAAAAGGAACCUUAUGGAAGGCAUACAAUUCUAAAUCGAGCUGUUUGUUCCUAACAAGUGAGACAGUGUCACACCAUGCUCGAAUUGCCUGGAAAAGGCUACUUCAAUUUCAUUCAAGCAGCGGAGCAAUUCUGCCACCGAUAAGUAGGGUUACGUGUAUGAUGAGCCUUGCUUUGACUCGCUCACAUCUGGUUUCUCCUGGCAUUUUGGCCUUCCUUAUCGGAGAGCUAGCAUGGAAGCGAAGUGUGUUUGCCGAAGCAGAAGGCUUCACAUCCCCGGAAUCACUCUACAUGCAUGCAAAGGAUGGACAUGUCUACCUGACUUCAGUUGUCUUCUUACUUUUAGAGGGCUUGAUUUUGCUCUUCAGAGCUGUAUACUUAACACUAUUGUUCUUCCCGUGUAUACUUAUGGCUCCUUUUGCAGACUCCCUUGGUAUUGAAUUUAGGAAGAAGUGGCUUCGUGUUGUGCGAAAAACUCUAGAGAAGGCGGGUCCAGCGUUCAUUAAGUGGGGUCAAUGGGCGGCAGCAAGGCCAGAUCUAUUUCCAGAU